AUGUCUAGUCAUUUAGGCGUCCCGAGUUUCAUCUUUACGGUCAUCUCGACCUUCGCAGGCUGUACAGCAGUCGCUGCCGUUAUUGUUCUCAUCUUCCAGCUUCGGAUUUCCCAAAGGGCUAGACAAGAUGCAAAGGACACAAAAGUAGUAGGAAAAUGGCGGCCAGUACUAGCUUCUCACGACGUUACUGGUUUCCUCGCAUCUGGUGCAAUGCCCUCGAUUAGUCUUCAUCGCUUGGUCGCGACAAAUCACGAGAUAACGCCUUCUCUAUUAGAGUCAAGGUUUUUAGUUCACGCAGGAUGGGCGAACUUCCUGAACUCUAUUGGCUUUAGCCCCGAAGACGACUUCCCCAGGGCAGGAUGCUUGACAUGA